CUUCCCUUUUCACCAGUCAAUUUUACCAAAAGUAGUCACCGGCGUUACCACCGCUCCCGAACCUCCUUUUACCGUCGUCAUCAUCUCUGUGUAACUCUCGUUAUUAAUUAUGACAGACCAAGAAGACCUUAUCGACGAAAACUUCCCCUUAUUUUCUCGCAAACCAAGACAUGAAUCCUCUGAGUCUGCCUCCACAGUUGCUGAUAAUCCUAGCUCCUACCAUCAUCAGUUUGUCAAAGACACAUCAUCAUCAAAUCCUAACACCAGUAAUAAAACAUUUUCUGAUCUAGGUCUUUCAGAUUGGGCUCUGCAAACUUGCAAAGAAUUAGGCAUGAAAAAGCCUACACCCGUUCAACAAAAUUGCAUCCCACAUAUCCUUGCCGGGGACGACGUGUUAGGCUUGGCACAAACCGGAAGUGGUAAAACAGCCGCUUUCGCAUUGCCGAUUCUCCAUCGCCUUGCCAAGGAUCCUUUCGGUGUUUUUUGUUUGGUGGUGACUCCUACUCGUGAACUUGCGUACCAAUUGGCUGAACAGUUCAAGGCACUUGGAUCGUGUUUGAAUUUAAAAUGUGCUGUUAUAGUUGGUGGGAUGGAUAUGAUCACGCAGUCGCAAGCAUUGAUGAGACGUCCUCAUGUUGUUAUUGCCACUCCUGGUAGACUUAAAGUUCUUAUUGAACAGAGUCCAGAUGUUCCUGCUGUUUUUUCCAACACCAAGUUCUUAGUGUUGGAUGAGGCUGAUAGAGUUCUAGAUGUUGGCUUUGAAGCAGAGUUGAGAGUGGUAUUCAAGUGCUUACCCAAAAACAGACAGACUUUGUUAUUUUCUGCAACAAUGACAAGCAACCUUCAAGCUUUACUUGACGUUUCUAUGAACAAGGCAUAUUUUUAUGCUGCAUAUGAAGGGUUGCAAACAGUUGACACUCUUAAACAACAGUAUGUGUUUGUCCCAGAAACUGUCAAGGAUGUUUAUCUGUAUCACAUUUUAUCACGGCGUAUGGAAGAUAUGGGGAUUCGAUCUGCCAUAAUUUUUGUUUCCAGAUGCAGGGAUUGUCAUCGUUUGGGUUUGUUGAUGGAAGUGCUUGGUCUGGAAGUAGCUGCUUUGCAUUCAUACAAAUCGCAAUCUUUAAGGUUGUCUGCACUUCACAAAUUUAAAUCCGGGAAGGUUCCUGUAUUACUUGCUACUGAUGUUGCCAGUCGGGGUUUGGAUAUUCCGACAGUUGAUCUUGUGAUUAACUAUAAUAUACCAAGAGAUCCAAGGGACUAUGUUCAUCGUGUUGGACGUACAGCUAGAGCUGGCAGAGGAGGACUAGCAUUAAGUUUAGUCAUUCAAAAAGAAGUUGAUCUUAUUAAGGAGGUAGAAAAAGAUCUUGGGAAAGAAUUGGAGAAGUUUGAAUGUAAAGAGGAUGAUGUACUUGAAGAUAUUAAAAAGGUUUUUGAUGCGAGACAUGUGGCAAAAAUGAAAAUGUCGGAUGAUGGGUUUGAAGAGACGGAGAAAGCAAGGAAAGCACAGAAGAUGAAAGGCUUGGCUGAAAAAGGAUUUAUGAACAAGAACAAGAGCAAGAAACGAAAAAGAGAGAAAUUUACUAUGAAGCAGUUGGUAGAGUAGAUUGAAGCAUUCUGAUGAUGUUUGUAAUUGCAUAGUGGCCAUGAAUUUUGUUGUUAAACUACAUGGAUUACAUGCACUGAUAAAUUGUUUAUUUAUAUUUUUUUGAACAAAGAAGAGGAAAGAUAGCAUAUCAAA